AUGGUCACUCAAGAUAGUAUGAGCGAAAAGUAUGGCAAAUUAUGGAUCAAUUUAUCUUCACAACUAAUGCUGAAUACUAUACCUCAAAUUGUAAAUAACAAUGAUUCACAAUCGUGGAAUGAAACGGCAGUGGUGUCUGUGGAACAACAUGUUUUGCGAUAUGUCACAGGAUCGAGUGCCAUUAUUUCAAUAUUAGGAUCUCUAUUUAUUAUAUUUAGUACUAUUUUAUUCAAAAUAGUCUCGUGUAAAAAGAGAAAUAGGAAAAGUAGGACACGAUACGGUGAGGAUUUUUCAUUAUCGACAAUGAAUCAUAGAUUAGUUUUGUACCUUUCCAUCAGUGAUUUAUUUGCAAGCUUAAGCUACGCAAUAUCGUUAUUUGGAAUUAGUUUAGAGUAUGAAUGGUGUUGCACUUUGCAAGGUUUUUUAAUGACAUGUUUUGAAGUAAGCUCAGUACUAUGGAGCACAUGCAUUUGUUUACAACUGUUUUUGAGCGUCACACCUCACUUUUCGGAAGAACGUCACAAACGGAGGAAAAUUUUACUAGAAAUUGCGUUUCAUAUCAUAUGCUGGAUUUUCCCACUUGUUUACACCAUUGUGGUUUUAUUUACAGAUCAGUUUAACAGAGUAGACAAUUUACAGCAAUGGUGUUGGAUAGGGUUACAUCACGAUAGAUCUCCAUUUCUUAAUUUUAGAUUUUUCACAUUUUUAUUGGUGUACAUUUGUGUGGUGUUGUGUGCUGUGUUCUUUUUAGGACUUUGUAUUUGCUUUAGAAUGCACAGAAGAAAGAAAAGCAACUAUGAAAUUCUCUCACUAGAUGACCAAUAUCAACAUUUGGGGAAAAAGACAAUUAUCAACUUUGUCUUGAUAUUGUUGGCAUUUGUCAUUACAUGGAUUCCAGCCUUUAUUAAUCGACUCAUUGAAUCCAUUGUUGUGGCUCAAACAACAUCAGCAAGUAUGAUUUCUGGAAUAUUUUGGUUGGAUCUUGUUCAGGCCAUUACCAAUCCACUUCAAGGUUUCCUGAACAUGAUAUUCUAUGGACAUCACUUCUUUGGAAAAUAUCGACUAUUUUUCUGCCCAAGAAAGAAAAAUAUGAAAAAGGCAGCCUCUAAAACAUCUCUUCUGAGUGCCGACAGUGGUAACAAUGACUAUCAAAACAGACAUCGCCAAAUUUCUCCUGAUCGAGACAAGAAUCAUUUAAAUGUUGAAACAUUGGAUGAAAUUAAAUUUGGAGUCAUUUACACUGAAGGCACUAUUAAGGCAGACUCACCCACAGCAGAACAUUCACAUCUUGUUCCAAAAUCUGUCUAUUACUAUCACAUGGAUGCCCCUUAUGAAGUUGAGGAGGAUUCUGACGAAGAAGACAGAGCUCAUUUUAAUACUGGUUAUGGCAACAUGGGACCAACGUUACUCGUUCCAAACUAUUUUACCAGCGGAGCUGUUGGUGAUCAACCUCUUUAUGCCUCUUAUGCAAGCAGCGGGGGCAAUGCUGACAACGGAUUGAGAAUUAUCGCUCAACAAGAUACUCCAAAUAGUGCAGGUGUUGACCAUUACACAUUUUCCACGUUAGGACAAAGCAAUCAUGACAGUUUGCAAGAUUCACAACAACAUAUUCGUUUUAUGCCACACGGAUUUUCAGCGGGUCACAAUGGAAGUGUCAUUGACGAAUACCACAACAGGCUUGAUGAGUUUUUGGACUAA